AUGGCUUUGUUAUUACAAUCUUCAUUUUCAUGGUUCUCUUCCUCGCGGAUGCUUCCUCCGACGAGGCUAAAAUCUUCGAAGUUGUGUUGUGCUAUGAACCCCGACAGCGAGGAAUCUUCUGAAGUUAUUAAUUCAAUUAAAGCUAAAAAAGUUGUUCCUGUUGAUCGUGUAAAGCUCGCGUUUGAAAAAGCUAAAGCUUAUAAAGAAUCGAUGAAAUCUAACUCUGGUUUCGGAAUUGAGGAAACUAGUGGUGGCGAAGACAAUUCAGUUAAAGAGAAUCCAAAUGUUGUUGAUGGAGGGGAAAAGGAUGUGCCAGUUUGGUUAAAGAUUGCAAUGGAGACAGCUGAAAAGAAUAGGCAGAAUAAAGGAGUUGUUGUAAGUGAAACCGAUCAAGGAUUACAGGGAGGGAGUGAGAGGAAAUCUAACUCUGGUUUGGGAAUUGAGAAAAGUAGCGGUGGCGAAGACAGUUCAGUUAAAGAGAAUCCAAAUGUUGCUCCGGUUGAUCGUGUAAAGCUCGCGUUUGAAAAAGCUAAAGCUUAUAAAGAAUCGAUGAAAUCUAACCCUGGUCUGGGAAUUGAGGAAAGUAGUGGUGGCGAAGACAAUUCGGUUAAAGAGAAUCCAAAUGUUGUUGAUGGAGGGGAAAAGGAUGUGCCAGUUUGGUUAAAGAUCGCAAUGGAGAAAGCUGAAAAGAAUAGGCAGAAUAAAGGAGUUGUUAGUGAAACUGAUCAAGGAUUACAGGGAGGGAGGGAGAGGAAAUCUAACUCUGGUUUGGGAAUUGAGAAAAGUAGUGGUGGCGAAGACAAUUCGGUUAAAGAGAAUCCUAAAGUUGUUCCUGUUGAUCGUGUAAAGCUCGCAUUUGAAAAAGCUAAAGCUUAUAAAGAAUCGAUGAAAUCUAACUCUGGUUUGGGAAUUGAGAAAAGUAGUGGUGACGAAGACAAUUUGGUUAAAGAGAAUCCAAAAGUUGCUCCGGUUGAUCGUGUAAAGCUCGCCUUUGAAAAAGCUAAAGCUUAUAAAGAAUCGAUGAAAUCUAACUCUGGUUUCGGAAUUGAGGAAACUAGUGGUGGCGAAGACAAUUCGGUUAAAGAGAAUCCAAAUGUUGUUGAUGGAGGGGCAAAUGAUGUGCCAGUUUGGUUAAAGAUUGCAAUGGAGACAGCUGAAAAGAAUAGGCAGAAUAAAGGAGUUGUUGUUAGUGAAACUGAUCAAGGACUACAGGGAGGGAGUGAGAGGAAAUCUAACUCUGGUUUGGGAAUUGAGAAAAGUAGUGGUGGCGAAGACAGUUCGGUUAAAGAGAAUCCAAUUGUUGCUCCGGUUGAUCGUGUAAAGCUCGCGUUUGAAAAAGCUAAAGCUUAUAAAGAAUCGAUGAAAUCUAACUCUGGUUUGGGAAUUGAGGAAAGCAAUGGUGGCGAAGACAAUUCGGUUAAAGAGAAUCCAAAAGUUGCUCCGGUUGAUCGUGUAAAGCUCGCGUUUGAAAAAGCUAAAGCUUAUAAAGAAUCGUUGAAAUCUAACUCUGGUUUGGGAAUUGAGGAAAGUAGUGGUGGCGAAGACAAUUCGGUUAAAGAGAAUCCAAAUGUUGUUGAUGGAGGGGAAAAGGAUGUGCCACUUUGGUUAAAGAUUGCAAUGGAGACAGCUGAAAAGAAUAGGCUGAAUAAAGGAGUUGUUAGUGAAACUGAUCAAGGAUUACAGGGAGGGGGUGAGAUGAAAUCUAACUCUGGUUUGGGAAUUGAGAAAAGUAGUGGUGGCAAAGACAAUUCGGUUAAAGAGAAUCCAAAUGUUGUUGAUGGAGGGGAAAAGGAUGUGCCAGUUUGGUUAAAGAUUGCAAUGGAGACAGCUGAAAAGAAUAGGCAGAAUAAAGGAGCUGUUGCUAGUGAAACUGAUCAAGGAUUACAGGGAGGGAGUGAGAGGACAUGGGGAGAAAAUAUGAAUGACAGUAGUGUUGGUAAGAAAGAAAAAUUGUCUGUUUCAAAGCUUGAUUUUGUGGGGCUUGAUUUUGCGGAUAAGCGAAAGAGAAGGGGAUUGCCGCCUGGACUGGUUCCUAUUUCAGACCCCUACUUAGAUUGUGACUUACCUGAGGUGGAACUUAUCGUCGGAGACAAAACCAAGUUCGGUGCAAAAACAACAGCUCCGCAACCUGAACAGACUGCUGAAGAUGAAUCAGAUUUGUACAAGCCAAAAGUUUCUACAUGGGGUGUUUUUCCUAGACCUAACAAUAUUUCAAAAACAUUUGGAGGUGGAAGAGUUAUACGUCCUGGAGAAGUUUUAGAGACUGCAGAAGAAAAAGCUGCAAAAGAAGAGCGCACAAAGCAGAUACUUGCUGCUUACAAGAAGAAACAUGGAUUAAAUAUUGAUCCAAAGCUAAAAGCCGAGUGCCAGGAGGAAUUGAACAAAGGGGACUUGUUAAUGGAAGCGGGAAAACUGAAAGCGGCAUUACCCUACUAUGAGAAGGUUAUUGAUAAACUACCCUUCGAGAGUGAGCUCCAUGGGUUAGCAGCCUUACAGUGGGCGAUUUGUCUAGACUCCCUCACUAGGCACAAUGAAGCUCGAAGUAUGUAUGAAAAGCUUAAAUCUCACCCAAAUGGUAAAGUAGGCAAGAAAGCAAGACAGUUCAUGUACAGCUUUGAGGCUAUGGAAAUGUUGAAGGUGAAGAUAGGUUCUUCAAGUUAUUCAAAGGACACAUCCUACCAGAGUUAUUUUGAUGCCUUUGUUGAAAAGAAAACAAACUACACCCUUAAAGUUAAAGAUGAAGUGGUUCAAGAAAGUUCAAUGAAUCAGGUUAUUCUGUAUAUUCUUUUUCUAACUUCUCCUAUUUUUGUUGUACUACUUCUUGCAGUACAGAAAAGAAUAUAA